UAUCGUGAAAAAUAUAGCCCAAAUGCAAUUUACCUAAUUUUCACGUGAUAUGUCCAUAAACAGUGAGUGACACACCGGAAUCGAAUUUCUGCAAAAGAAGACAGAGAUGGAGGAGGAGGAGCACGAGGUGUACGGAGGAGAAAUACCUGACGAAGUCGAGGAUAUCGACCCCCACAAUGCCGAUGUCGAGAUGUCCACCGCCGAUGACGACGCUGUCAAGGAAUUGGAUGAGAUGAAGAAGCGAUUGAAGGAAAUGGAAGAGGAAGCUGCUGCUCUUCGUGAAAUGCAAGCUAAAGUUGAAAAGGAGAUGGGUACUGUUCAAGAUCCUGCUGGUGCUGCUUCUUCACAGGCAAACAAGGAGGAGGUUGAUUCACGAUCCAUUUUUGUUGGCAAUGUUGAUUAUGCAUGUACCCCUGAGGAAGUUCAGCAGCAUUUCCAGUCAUGCGGAACAGUGAAUCGUGUGACCAUUUUGACUGAUAAGUUUGGGCAGCCCAAAGGAUUUGCGUACGUGGAAUUUCUUGAACAAGAAGCUAUUCAAGAGGCUAUCCAGCUGAAUGAAUCUGAAUUGCAUGGACGUCAAUUGAAGGUUAUGGCAAAAAGGACAAAUCUUCCUGGAAUGAAACAAUAUCGUGGAAGGCGCUUCAAUCCUUACCUUGGAUAUAGGAGGAGGCCAUACGUACCCCCAUAUUUCUAUUCCCCAUAUGGUUACGGGAAGGUUCCAAGGUUUAGGAGGCCAAUGCGCUACAUGCCUUACUACUGAAAGAUUCCACAUUUCAGAAAAUGAACACUCUCUUUAUCUUCAUGACGGUUUAUGCAGUUGUUAGUAGCUGCAGAGGUAUUUUACCUAGGCAGUCUUUAUAGUCUUGCUAUCAUAUUCCUAUGAUGUAUGAGCUCUUUGGUAUAAAGUUUUUGUUUGCAUGGCACUGGUGAAAGUUCUCUCUUCAUGUAUUUUCUGAUUUCCAGAUGACUGUUCAUUACAAUUCUGAUGAGGAAAUGAUGUUAGUUAACAUCAAUAAUUUGUCGACAGGUUAAUAUGUUUAUUAUCAUAUGCUUAAGAGGUAGGUUUAUAUA